AAUAACUCAAUGCAAGAAAGAAAUUAACAAAAAAAAAAAAGAUUGUUUGAUUCCAUCAAAAACUUAAACCGUCUGAAUCGGAUUUCUUUGCCUGAAUUUUCUGCCUCUUCGCCUUUCUCUCUUGAUCCUUUUCUUUUCCUUGACCAUUAGCGCGCGCGCACUCUGUCUAUGUCUCUAGGGUUCUUUUCUUCACCUUCACCUUAAUCUUCUCCAUUCAACUAGAACAGUGUCUAUCUCUGAAAUGGCGAAUUUCACUUCUCUUACCUCUCCAUUCUCUGAUACUCCAGUGGUUUCAGCUGCUGCUGCUGCCUCGUCGUCUUCCUCCUCCUCUUCUUUUGGAGCUGGAGUCGACGAUGCUUUCGAAGACGACGCUUGCAGUAUUUGCCUCGAUCCUUUCACCGCUCAAGACCCUGCCACUUUUACCUGCUGCAAUCACGAAUAUCAUCUUCAGUGUAUUCUUGAAUGGUCGCAGAGAAGCAAAGAAUGCCCGAUUUGCUGGCAGCUUCUUGUCCUGAAAGACCAUGCCAGCCAAGAACUUCUAGCUGCUGUCGAGACUGAGAGGCUUUUAAGGUCAAGGAACUCGACUCCUGCAUCCAUGAUCGUUCCUCACUUGGACGAUGAUUACGAUGUAGAACAGGAUUCCUAUUCAGAUGACUCUGAUUUCGAUGAGCAUAUCAUGCAGCAUCUUGCUGCCGCUGCCUCCAGCAGAGCUCAUCAUGUUCACGAAAGGGAGAGGCAGAGGUCUAACGGACUUGGUCCCUCCCAGGUUAUUGCCUUUACCUCUCCUGAACAUUUAGCCACUGUUCAGCAAACAUGCACUUCACCAGAAGAAGGUCAAACUUUAAUUCAUGGCUCAUCAGUGAUCAAUUCACUAACUCCUGACACACUAUCAGUUAACGUUCAAAAUUUGUCAUCUGUGACCCCUCCUGACGUGAACCAAGUUUCUACUACUGCUGUCAAUAGCCCCUUCAAACCCAGGAUUCUCUUCAGACAGCCACCAACUGACACACCCCAGGGGCAAGGUUCAUCGGAGGUGCUAUCUCUCUCAGACUCUAUUAAAUCUAAAUGGUUUGCUGCUUCAUCCAGGUACAAGGACUCACUUUCAAAAAGUACUAGAGGCAUAAAGGAAAAGCUAGUUGCAAAGAAUAAUUCGGUCAAGGAGCUGAGCAAAGAAGUUCAGAGGGAAAUGAGUGCGGGAAUUGCUGGUGUUGCACGAAUGAUUGAGCGCUUGGAUCUUACCACAAAACGCACGGGACCCUCCAUGUCUGAUUCUGGUUUUACUGGGGGAACUUCAAAUUUCUCCUGGAAGGGGAAGGGUGUGGAACAGAACAUCAUUGCUCAGGCUUUGGCCAAAACAAAUGAGGAAAUUGAUCGUGAUACAAGUUUAGGUGCAUCCUCACAUGCCUCUGGUACUGUCCAAGCCAGAGUGGAUAUCUCCCAUGUGCAGAGAGGUCAUUAAUGCCAUGGCGCUCAUGCCUGGCAGCUUGACUGUGUUUUACCUUAUCAUCUGAGAAGGCAUUUGAUGCAAGGGACGUGCUGUGAAGAAUCCAAGUGCCUGUUGGUUUGCGUCCUGCAUCGAAUAUUUAUGCACUGUAACAGUAACUAAGAAUGGAUUGUUGUCCCGGGAUACUAUUUCUUUUUGAAGAGGUUAAGAUGAGUAGUAUAUGGAUUCUUCUUAACAUUUUCUUUUCAACUGCAAAGAAACUUGAUGUUCUACCUUGUCAUGCCCACUUCUCCUUAAAAAUCAAAAUUACAAAGAAACCAGACAUUCACGUUCUA